UUCAGAUCCAGCCGAAUCCGAUACAAAUCGAUUCGGUUCAACUUGCCAUCUCGUACUCUCUCAGUUUCACUAGGCUAGGGUUUAUCUCCUGUCCUUUCAAAUCCAAAGCUCUCUCUCUCCCCCCCCCCCCGGGGUUCUUAAAACCCUAGACCUCCAAAUGAGCUUCUGCUGGGAUCAUUAACGAGCUUCACCUUUUUCACUCAAAUUAUUUUCCGGUCGCUCUCUGAUCAAUAACGAUGCGGCAAAACGACAACGUGCGGUUCACUUCAUCUUCUCUCAAAAUCCCUCUUCCUCAACAGCCAUCACCCUUCAAUUUCGCAUUCCGUUCCUUAGCACUAGCUUCUCAACUGGAAAAUACCAGAAACUCGCUCGCUCAGUUCAUCGACGCGGUCAAGGCUCGUUCCGAUUUCAGACAAUUCAGUCCCGGAUUAUCUCUUUUCUGGAGUCGGUCAACUGGGUCGACUCAGUUCACGUCGGUAACUCGGAAUGGGCGCUCUGACAGUCGAGAAGAAUGUGGGUGGCGUUGGGGGUUAUUGAUCGGAAAAUCUUCUCUUCUGUGUUCGGCCUCAUUGUCUCUGAUUGGGUUUGACGAGUCGACCCGGGAAGAUUCCUUGGGAACUCAUAUAUCGCCUUCUACAAGUCAAAAAGGGACGAAGAAGAAAGGAUUUUUGAUACCAAAAUCUCCGCUUCUCUGUUCGGCUUCGUUGGCUCUGACUCGGCCCGAAGAGCCGACGACUCAGGCCGCCGACACAUCAGGGAGGGAGACCUUGCAGAAGGGGCACUCUGCGGGUCGAGUGUAUGAAGAGGAGAGAGUGCUGAUCAGUGAAGUGCUGGUGAAGAACAAGGAUGGCGAGGAACUUGAGAGGAAGGAUUUGGAAAUGGAGGCAUUGCAGGCGCUGAAGGCAAGCAGAGCCAAUUCGGCGUUGACGGUGCGUGAGGUUCAAGAGGAUGUGCAUAGGAUCAUCCAUAGUGGCUACUUUUCCUCUUGCAUGCCUGUUGCUGUCGACACGCGGGACGGAAUCAGAUUAAUGUUUCAGGUAGAACCAAACCAGGAAUUCCAAGGAUUGGUUUGUGAAGGAGCUAAUGUUCUUCCUGCGAAGUUUCUAGAGGAUUCUUUCCGUGAUGGAUAUGGAAAAGUGAUUAAUCUCAGGCGUUUAGAUGAAGUUAUAUCUUCCAUCAAUGGAUGGUACAUGGAACGGGGCCUUUUUGCCUUGGUUUCAGCUGUUGAGAUUCUCUCAGGGGGUAUUCUCCGGUUACAAGUUUCUGAAGCUGAGGUCAAUAACAUCUCCAUUCGAUUCCUUGACAGAAAGACUGGUGAGCCAACUACAGGGAAGACAAAACCUGAAACAAUACUUCGGCAACUUACAACCAAGAAGGGACAGGUCUACAGCAUGCUUCAGGGAAAAAGAGAUGUGGAGACUGUAUUAACUAUGGGAGUCAUGGAAGAUGUUAGCAUUAUUCCCCAACCUGCUGGUGAUACUGGUAAGGUUGAUAUGGUAAUGAAUGUUGUCGAGCGUCCAAGUGGUGGUUUUUCUGCUGGUGGCGGAAUAUCAAGUGGGAUUACAAGUGGCCCUCUAUCAGGACUCAUUGGAAGCUUUGCAUACUCUCAUAGAAAUGUUUUCGGAAGAAACCAGAAGCUCAAUAUCUCCUUAGAGCGAGGCCAAAUUGACUCGAUAUUCCGCAUAAACUACACAGAUCCAUGGAUUGAAGGAGAUGACAAACGGACGUCCAGGACAAUAAUGGUUCAGAAUUCAAGAACCCCUGGAACACUGGUUCAUGCCCAAGGUGGAAAUAAUGGUAGCCUGACAAUUGGCCGCGUGACGGCAGGUAUUGAAUUCAGCCAACCAUUCAGGCCAAAGUGGAGUGGAACGGCAGGACUUAUUUUUCAGCAUGCUGGUGUUCGUGGUGAUAAAGGAGAUCCUGUUAUCAAGGAUUGUUUUGGCAGUCCUCUUACUGCAAGUGGAAAAAUCCAUGACGAUAUGCUACUUGCUAAGUUUGAGAUUGUCUACACUGGUUCUGGGGACCAAGGCUCCUCGAUGUUUGUAGUUAACACGGAACAGGGACUUCCUGUUUUACCUGAGUGGUUGUCUUUCAACAGAGUGAAUGCUCGUGCUAGGAAGGGUGUAGAAAUUGGUCCUGCUCGCGUUCUUUUAAGUUUGUCUGGUGGCCAUGUGGUUGGCAAUUUCCCUCCGCAUGAAGCAUUUGCCAUUGGUGGAACAAACAGUGUGAGAGGUUACGAAGAAGGUGCAGUGGGCUCUGGCCGAUCUUAUGCUGUUGGUUCUGGAGAAAUCUCUUUCCCCUUGUUGGGCCCAGUAGAGGGAGCUAUUUUUGCUGACUAUGGAACUGAUCUUGCAUCGGGCCCUACUGUGCUUGGUGAUCCGGCUGGAGCAAGGCUGAAGCCCGGAAGUGGAUAUGGAUACGGGUUUGGCAUCCGAGUCGACUCACCAUUGGGCCCUUUGCGUCUCGAAUAUGCAUUCAGUGAUAAGCAUGCCAAGAGGUUUCAUUUUGGGGUUGGUCAUCGGAACUGAAGUUCUUUUUAUAUCCUAAUAUACUAUGGAUGCUAGUUGUUAUGGUCCUUAUCUGUACCAUUACCUUUUUUUUUUUUUUUUUUUUUCCUUUUUUGGCAGAGGUCUAGCAUUUCUAGGGAAUUUAUUUAUUUAUUUAUUUUAGGUUUUUGACUGUAUAAUUGUGGCUAUUACCAGAUUCAGUGAUGCUGUACGUUUUAUAUAUAGUCUCCCCCGAUCUUGGCAAUCACAAA